AUGAUUGAGCGUACAGGCUCUCCAACGCAACAAGAACACGAGCUUCUCAAGUUACAACACGCUCCCCCGCUACAGGACGCCGCGAGACCAUCGAGCGCAAGCACGCUACAAAGCACAGCGCAACCGUCACACAGUAAAGCCGAAUCGCUCAAUCUCAUCUACGUCGAAUGGGCAGAAGGUGACCCAGAAAACCCAUACAAUUGGCCCAAAUGGAAGAAGGCAAUGGUGGCCUUUGUUGGCGUCUUUUUGACCUUUCAUAGCGCCAUUGGCGCAGUCUGUUAUGCUUGGGGCGCAGAUGAUAUUGCGCGCGAAUUUGGCGUGUCCCCAACACUCUCACUACUCGGUGUGUCCUUAUUCACACUGGCUUUUGGCCUGGCUCCCAUGGCAUUGGCACCACUCAGCGAGGUAUAUGGACGUUGGCCCGUGUAUAUGGGCAGUUAUGCCGUCUUUUGCAUCGUUCAGCUACCGAAUGCGCUGACGCCGACAUUUGCAGGAGUGCUCAUUUGUCGAUUCAUUGCAGGUGUUGGGGCAUCCACUGGUAGUGCUAUGGUGGGCGGCACUCUUGCUGAUAUGUACAAGGCGAAUGAGCGCGGUAUGCCGAUGGCUUUCUUCACAUCUGCGACUCUAUUUGGCACCGCAGCUGGCAGUAUGUAUGCUGCGUAUGUCGUUGCAAACCGCUCGCUCGGCUGGAGAUGGAUCUUUUGGGUUGAGCUCAUCAUUAAUGGCGCUUCUGCAGUGUUUAUGGUUCUCGCCCUCAGAGAAUCGCGUGGCAGCGUGCUGCUCUCUCGCAGAGCAAAGCGUCUACGCAAGGAAACAGGCGAUGACCGGUAUGUGUGUGCUGCGGACGCUGCGAGGGAAUCUUUGCUUGUCUUGAUUCGGUAUUCGCUCACUCGCCCUUUCUUUUUACUGUUUUGCGAGCCGACCGUGGCGUUGUUUAGUAUUUGGGCUUCUUUUGCUUGGGGUCUUCUCUAUCUCUUUCUUGUCGCUGUACCUAUUGUCUACCGGGAAGCAUUUGACUGGCAAGGUGGCAAAGCCUCUUUACCGUUUAUCGCCAUGAUUAUUGGUGCCUUGCUUGGCAUUGCCUUGUCGCCCGUCCAAGAUCGCUUAUAUUUACGCUCUGCAAGGAAACACAACGGUGUUGGUCGUCCUGAAGCGCGUCUCUAUAUGAGCAUCAUUGGCAGUCUUCUGCUCUCUUUUGGCAUGUUCAUUUUUGGCUGGUCUGCCUAUGGCUCGCAUGCGCACUGGUCUGGCUCGGCAGUUGGUAUUCUAUUGGGCACAUUUGGCAUCUUUACCAUCUACAGCGCAGUCUUUUCAUACAUGUCGGAUUGUUAUGGACAAUGGACGAGUUCUGCGUUGGCUGGGCAGAGUUUUUUACGGAAUGUCUUUGCAUCGGCCUUUCCACUUUUUGGUAGGCAAAUGUACGCCAACUUGGGGAAUCAAUGGGCCUCUUCAUUAUUGGGGUUUUUGGCACUUGCGCUCACGGCUGUACCGAUUGCAUUGUUCAUCUAUGGUCCUCGCGUCCGACGGGCAUCCAAAUUUGCUGCGAGCGAUGAUUGA